AUGAACAAGAAAAAAAAGCGUCUACAAAGAAAGAAAUCACAAGAACAUCACCAAGAAAAUAAAGUUGGAAAAGCAUAUGUUACCAUAUUUGAGAUACACAAAACAUACAAUACUAAGGUUCAGGCACAUAUAAAGGAAAAAAAGGUUACAAUUGAACAUGAAACUGAGAAAUUAUCCGAAGAAAAGAAAGAUCAAGAAAAAUUAAAAGCAAAAGAAAAAGAAGUGAGUGAAGAAGACUCAAAAGAAAAGAGGUCAAAAGAAAAACACGACAAAGAUUCUGGAUAUGAAGAUUCAAAUUCUGAAACAAAGGAGAGUAAGAAAGGAAGGAAGAAGAUUGUGAAGAACCAAUUCAAUACAAUCAAAGAUAGUUUCUCACCUGGAACUUUGCUAUCAGUUAUCCGAGGUUUCAACAAACUUCAAAAAGAUUAUGUCAGGAAGCUCAGUUUGUUGAUUGAAAAUAUAGUAAAUAGUUUCCCAACAAAUGUAAGAUUCAAUCAUUUGAAAAAUAUAAUGGACGAAUUUUAUAGUGAUGAGGAAGAAGGUCAUGAAGAAGAAAAGCAAAAUGAUGAUGAUCAUAAUGAAGAUGAAGAAGAUGAAGAUGAAGAUGAAGAUGAUCAUGAUCAUGAUAAUGAGCAUGAAAACGUUGAAGAAUCACAAGUGAUUAACUGCAUAUUUUAUUUAUAUAAAGGUUUGGAUGGAAAUGUACAUGAAGGAGUUGGUGGCGAGAAACAUAAAGUUCGUGCGGGAGAUGUAAGAGGUGAUAAUGGUCAAGUUGCUGGGAAUAAUGAAAACAUUUGUAUGGAGUGGAUGAUUAUGGAAUGGAAGAAUGCUAGAGAAGGAAAAACUGGUGAACAUCUACAAAUUGUUGGGGGAGGUAAAUAUGAAAAAAUAAACAAAGAAGAUGUCGACAGUGUUGACAAAACUAUAGAGAACACUAUCACAAGUAUUUUUGGGAAGACAGUCGAAUUUUUAGAAUCACAGUUACUUAAUGAUGAUGAGGUCAACUCUAUUUAUGAAAAAACAAUGGAGUUACUUAAUGAUCAUGGAGUCAACUCUAUUUACGAAAAAACAAUGGAUGAUUAUAAAGAAAAGAAAGAGAGGAGCCAAAUGUCAUCAUAUGAUCUAAACAUAAGCCAGAUGACACCACCACAUAGAAGGUACAUGGAGGAUGAGCGAAUUACAAAAGAAAUUCCAAAACCACCAAAAGAUGCCAAGAAGAAAAAGGUAGAUAAAGAAAUGAAAGAAAAAAUAGAAAUAGAGGCAAUGCAAAAAGAUGAGAACAAAUACAAAAUCUUCAAUCAACACCUCAUAGACUAG